AUGUGGGCCACCACAAGCUGCGAAGAAUUGAGAAGCUGCCAGAUCACGACAUUGACAUGCACAAACACCUUGGUCGAGGAAGCUGCUUCCCGCUGCGACGCCGCACCUGCCCGGAAGCCUGGGACUUUGUCCCUCGAGGAGCUCCUGCCCGGUCUAGAGGCUGCAGCUGCCACGAUGUUCCAACAAUUUGUGGUUGCUGCAGCCUUUGAGACUGCAGCAGAAGUCUGUGCCUUGGUCACAGGCAUGCGCAUCCGUGCAUUUCAUGCCUCCUGGAUGCCGCCGGGUGCGCCGAGCACCUCGCCACAGCUUCUGGAAAGACUGCAGCAAGCGCUUCAUUCAACUUCUGGUGCCUUGCAUUUGGCGACGCCCGAGUGGCACUCAUCUCCGCAGGCUGCCCUCGACAUCCUCCGCGAGUUGAAGAAGAUGAGAAGAGACGACUUAGGCUGUCAACUGGCAAAGACACUUUCCGAUAGAAACCUUGGGCUUCAAGGCUUCGCCUUGGGCAUCGGCAUGGCUGCUCGGGCCAGGGAGUGGCAGCUGGCCGUGCAUCUCUUCGGGGCAUUUUCGGAGAAGCUGGAUCCCAGCGUCGUUUGCUGCAACGCUGCCAUCAGCUCUUGCGAGAAGGGUGGGCAGUGGAAGAUUGCACUGCAUCUGUUUAGCUCGAUGCCCGAGCUGCGACUUGCGCCCAACAUUGUCAGCUACAAUGCCAUCAUCAGCUCCUGUCACAAGGGUCAGCGGUGGCAGCUGGCUCUGCAGCUCUUCGGAUUGAUGCCGACAGCUCGACUUUCGCCCGAUGUUGUGAGCUACAGCGCUGCCGCUGGUGCCUUCGAGAAGGGCCGGCAGUGGCAGCUGGCCCUGCAGACAUUCGGGUCGAUGCUCGAAGCUCAAAUUAGUCCUGAUGUCAUCAGCUACAGUGCAGCCAUCAGCGCUUCAGAGAAAGGCGCACAUUGGCAGUUGGCACUGCAGCUAUUCGGUUCGAUGCCCGAAGCCAAGGUGGCUCCAAACGUCAUCAGCUACAGCUCCGCACUCAGCUCUUGCGAGAAGGGUGCGGAGUGGCAGCAGGCUUUGAUUCUCUUCGACUCGAUGCCCAGAGUUCAAGUGACACCGAACGUGAUCAGCUACAGUGCGGUCAUCAGCUCCUGCGAGAAAGCCGGGAAGUGGGAGCUGGCCAUGCAUGUUUUCCACUCCAUGCCCGAGGCCAAGCUUCAACCAGAUCUCAUCAACUACAAUGCGGCCAUCAGCGCAUGUGAGAAAGGAGGGCAAUGCCAACUGGCCCUGCGGCUGUUCCGCAGUCUACCUAAAGCUGAGCUGUCGCCGAAUGUCAUAAGCUACAAUGCUGCAGUGAGCUCCUGCGAGAAAGGCAUGGAAUGGCAGAUCGCUCUGCAGCUCUUCGACUCCAUGCCACAAGCCAGGCUGACACCAGAUGCGAUCACUUUCAAUGCCACCAUCACCGCCUGUGAGAUGGGCGGAGAGUGGCAACUGGCCUUGCACCUCUUCCACGCCAUGCCCGCGGCUAGCAUUGCCCCAAAUGUCAGCAGCUACAAUGCCACCAUGAAUGCUUGUGACCGGGGAAGGCAGUGGCAGAUGGCUUUGGAGCUUUUCAACGCAAUGGCUUAA